UUCAAAGGCAUUUCGCCUACUCAGUCUGCUCCGAACGAGCGUGACGAUCGCAAGCCGCCUCAGUCUUAGGAAAACGAUUUGCUCAAGGUGUUCCUUUGUGCUUUGUGGUAACCAAAAAAAAAGUAACUUGCAACUUGCACCUGAAACCGAAACCCAAACCGCCUCGCGCCGCCUCCUCUCCCCACAUCUCUGGAGACUUGAAAAUCACCAUUAAGCCAUGAAUCUCAUACUGAAAGUGACCACCUUUGUUCAGCUGGCGCUGCUAGUAAUGCUGGCUCAGAUUCCCGGGACCAUUCAAGGUAAAGAAGUAACCGGUGAUGGUGUUCGCCUGGUAAUGAAGACCCAAUCGGGUAACAUUAUGCACCUGCGAGCGGCCCGAGGAGCUCUGGAGGAGGAACCCGCAUCUGUGGCAGGCUCAGCAUCGGAGACGCAUCGAGGCAGGAAGAACCGAAAACUGAACAAGUCCGAGGAUCAUCUUCAAACGGGUGGGGGUCACAAGUCAGGCAACAGAAAGCCCCAGUCGAACGCGGACAACGCCCAGCCUGCUCAGCCAAAGCACAAGCAAGGACACAACAAGAACUCCGAGAAGCAACAUCGUCAAGGAGAUGCCCAGCAGAAGCAACAGCACGGACACCACAGACCCGGCAAGAAAGCAGGAGCCGCUGGAAAGAACCCCGAGAACGCAUCCUCUUGUCGGUAUGCCAAGAGCGCCUGGUCGGAGUGCGAUGCCAAAACCAAUAUGCGCACCAGGGUGUUGUCGUUGAAGAAGGGGGAGCAGAACUGUCUUCCCACCAGGACAAUUCAGAAAAAGUGCAAGAAAGGCUGCCGAUACGAGAAGGGAACCUGGUCGCCAUGCAACAACGGCCAAAUGACCAGGGAGGAUAAGCUUCAGACGGAGGCCAACGGUGGACAGGCCAGUGACCAGAGCUGCGAUGCCGUGCGAAAGGUCAACAAGAAGUGCAAGCCGGCAGGAAACUCUGGCGAAAGAAAGCACAACAACGGCUCCAAUCGCAACCAAAAAGAGAGGAAACAGAAGGAGAAAGGGUCUCGCCGUCUCUCGUCCAACGUUUGAGUCUAAGCCUUAAGAAAAACACACCCACACAAUCAAAACAAAUUAAUAGAAAUAAUUUUAUAAACGGUUUUAUAGAAUUUAGUCAUAUAUUUUUGUAAAAACAUUCAAAACAUGGUUUUUCAUUUAUAUCUUUUAGAGAUUAUGCAUUGUUUUAUUCGAAAACUUCUUAAAAAUUAGAUGGAACAAAAAUUAAUGGUUUUGAACAAAAA